GAAAGAUUGACUCGGGAGGCUUUCCACGUUCUGGUUACACAAUGCCUUUGGAACGUAUGAACAUCUAGUACCACCAACCGUGCCAACUGCGAACAGUAGAGAUGGUUGGGAAAUAGAGUGGUGUAGCCGUAGCAAAACCAUGCGAUACCGACACAACUCAUAGCGUCUGCAGCUGUGAGAUGGGGCAGAACCAGAGCACGAGCGACCAAGCCGAUGACCGCCAACAUGCCUCCAAUCGGGACGCGCGUAAUGCAAGCCCGAGAGUUUCACAAGGCACGAGGAAGGUUGCACCACCGUUUCCUACCGCUACGGGCACCGCCGCACCUUCUGCACCCUCGACGACACCCACGCCCGUACACGCCAAGGUAGCCUCACAUGCACGAGGGCGCAGUCUCACGGCCGCACCCAAACUACGUGCGGAAGAGUCGACGUCGAGUCAGAAGUCUCAGGCGGAGCAAUCGCCUAGGAUGGGUAAUUCCUCGUCAAAGCCGCAGCCCCAGCCGUUGCCCGUCCUUGAUCGCGAGAAGAGUGCGCCACUGUCUGGAGCAACGUCGGUGGAUGGGGUGGCAGGCGGAGAAGUCGUGGGUGACAGGGACCUUUUGGAAGCGCCAGGAUCGGAGGACAAUGCUCUGUAUGCGCCAGCAACAUACUCGCGGCCACCGCGAUUGCCUCUUCCCAUUUCGGAAGAAGUCUACUCGCCAGGCUCACCUAUUAUCACACCGCAGGAUAUUAGCUCACCUCUCGAUCACAGUGAGGUUGACGGAGUAUUGCCUCGUAGAGGGAGCGUGCUCAGCUCGACCACCGCCGACGACGAGGACUUUGGCGACGGGCCUGAAGUGUUCGCGGCAGAUCCGCAGUCGGUGGGACCUGUCGUUCCUACACUGAUACAAUGGCAUGGCCAGGCAGAUAAGGUGUAUGUCACUGGCACGUUCGUUAAUUGGGAACGCAAGUAUAGGCUGCAUCCGGACCCAGAGCGAGGUGGUUUCUCCGCGAUCUUGCCACUGCAUCCAGGAACCCACCACAUCAAGUUCCUGAUUGGAGGCGAUAUGGUUACCUCUGAUAACCUGCCUACAACGGUCGACUACACGAACAUUCUUGUGAACUACAUCGAAGUUGUGGCACCUUUACCUCCCGUGGCAGAGCAACCACCCACGCCAGCCGAGCCGGUACCGAUUCCAGGGGCCGCUGUCACUGCCGGGCAAGCAGAUGCACCAACCAACGAAGCUGUCUCGCAGCCGCUCGAUAUUCGGACCGCACCGCACGCAACCGAGACAGCCACAGUCAGAUCGUCAACGCUGCAGGAAACCAUCAGCCCCGGCGCGCCGCAGCCUACAGGGUCUGUACAGUCGUCCCAACCCUUGCCAACGCCAACGACAGCGCCUCAAGCAGAUGACCCUGAGCCACCUGCAGCGCCGAAGCAACGACUACCGCGACCCCGAUAUACGUCUGAGAUCCCGGCGUUCCUUCUAGACCUUGACGCACCGAAUCCAGAAGACGAACGGGUACAGCGGGCGAAGAGAGUAGAAGGUUGCCUACCUCAGCCGCCAAGCCUUCCCAUGUUCUUGGGCAAAAGCAUCCUCAACAGCGCAAUGCCGCACAAAGACGAUGCGAGCGUUCUCGUCAUUCCCAACCACACCGUGCUGAACCACCUUGCUACUAGCAGUAUCAAGAACGGUGUGUUGGCGACAAGCGGGACGACGCGGUACAAACGGAAGUUCCUCACAACAAUCAUGUACAAACCGACGUCGGAUGAUGGCUAAAGGCCCGAAACCGCUGUAUAUUGUUCGCCUACAUAGACCGCGGUGGAUUGUGCGUUUUAGCGAACCCUAGACCUAGCAAAUAUGGUGCAUGUUACCAACAGAUAGCAGAGUGCAAGCGUUCGUAUCGAACUGUGGCCGCUAGACAGCCGCGCAUUGAGACACGCGCCCGUAGUCGAAUGUCUCCAUACCGAGAUCGUAGUGCGGCGGCGCGUUGCUGCGGGAGGACUGGAUAUUCAGUGUCCAGCUACUCAAUAUGCCAUCGAUAGCAUUGACAAGCGCGGCUGCGACUGCACGCUUAGCAGUUGGUCAAGCCGGGUGCCAGAUGGUUGUUGCGGACCCGACUCGUGUUUCGAUGAGGCAAUGUACGUCCACCACGGCGAAGUAGUGUCCUCAAACAUUGGCUGUAGCCAUCAGCGGAA